AUGGGAGACAAGCCAGUUUGGGAGCCGAUUGGAUCCAGCUUCAUUCAACAUUACUACCAGUUAUUUGGUAACGAUAGAACGCAACUAAGCGCAGUUUACAUUGAUGCGUCAUGCCUUACAUGGGAAGGACAACAGUUCCAGGGGAAAGCUGCCAUUGUGGAGAAAUUGUCCAGCCUUCCGUUCCAGAAAAUCCAGCACAGCCUCAUGGCGCAGGACCAUCAGCCUAUACCAGAUAGCUUCAUCAUUAGCAUGGUUGUGGGCCAGCUUAAGGCAGAUAAAGACCCCAUCAUGGGGUUCCACCAGAUGUUCCUAUUAAAGAACAUCCAGGUUGCUUGGGUUUGCACCGAUGACAUGUUCAGGCUUGCCCUGCACAACUUCGGCUGACCUCCUCUCAGCCAGGCACUAACGCUGUUUCCUCCUCCCUCCUCUUCCCAAUACUGUUCCUACUCCUCCAGAUGCCCCAAAUAACAUGCACAAAUAAG